AUGGUGAUAUUAGUGGUCGUAGACCGAUUUUCCAAGGGGGCUCAUUUUGGUGCUCUUCCUGCCCACCAUACAGCAUACAAGGUUGCCGUAUUAUUCCUCGACAUGGUCUGUAAGCUCCACGAAUUUCCACAAAGCUUGGUCUCCGAUAGAGAUCCUAUUUUUAUCAGUGGCUUCUGGCACGAGCUAUUCUGUUUAAGCGCCACAAAGCUUCGAAUGAGUACCACCUACCAUCCGCAAAACAAUGGUCAAACGGAAGGCACCUCCUCUAUUGAUGCUGUUGAUUCUUUGCUAACCACCAGGACUGAAAUUCAUGUGGCCCUGCAACACCGUUUACGCAAAGCACAGGAAGCCAUGAAAACUACGGCAGACAAGCAUCACCAUGAUGUUUCCUUCGCUGUAGGCGAUUGGGUAUAUGUCCGGCUUCGCCCUUACAGACAAACGUCGUUAGCCCCUACCUAUACCAAAUUGACCAAACGCUUUUACGGGCCUUUCCAGGUGCUAGAACGGAUUGAACCAGUAGCGUACAAAUUGCAAUUGCCGGUUUCUUCUCGAAUUCAUCCGGUUUUCCACAUUUCCCUCUUGAAGCUCCAUCAGGAACCAUUACCUCCCUCUCCAGCAGAACUUUCCCGAGCCAACUUCAAUAAUCAUUCACGAGCUCUGUCUCAGUUGCGAUGA